AUGGAAAUCGAAGCCAAAGAUGCGGUCAAUAAUAAAGGAGACAUUGUACUAAAGUCAACUGAUAUAGAAAAUCAAGAAACCGACGUGGAGAACAGAGAAAUGGACGUCGAUAAUAGGGACACAGACGUAGAAAACGUCGAAGUAGAUAUGGUCGAGGACUCCGCUAGUGAAGAAGACGACGCCUGUACACCUCCAGAUGCUGCAAUGGAUGUAAAUGUAUCGUGUGACGACGAAUGUGCAGAGCCCAUAAAAAUUGUCGAAGACAUGCCACGUUGUGAAAGCGACUACAUGACAGAAGAAGAAGACGAUCCCGAUGAUCUGUACAAGCCCGAAGGCACUAUCUACCUCGAUAUUGAUGGGUUUAGUCAGUUCUGUAAAGGAUCACCUGAGACACAACAACGUCUCUCGAAACCUGUAUUCGUACGUGGCCUCCCAUGGAAGAUUUUAGCGAUUCCAAGGGAUGCAGCUAGGGUUGGUACGGGUACCCGGCCAAAUAAAGCAUUAGGAUUUUUCCUGCAAUGUAAUGGAGACUCUGACGCUGUCGCAUGGAAUUGCAUUGCGUCAGCAUCCUUAAAGGUUCUUGGUCAGAUAGAAGGUUUUGAUGAUCAUUCGCGACGGAUAACCCAUACAUUUUAUCCGAAGGAAAAUGAUUGGGGAUACUCACAGUUUUUAACUUGCGAUCAUCUGAUUAAUCCCGAGAAUGGCUUUAUAAAGGAUGACACUAUUCGCCUAGUCGUCCACGUGUCCGCGGAUGCUCCGCACGGUGUACAAUGGGAUAGUAAAAAACAUGCUGGUUAUAUUGGACUUAAAAAUCAGGGUGCUACAUGUUAUAUGAAUUCUAUUCUACAGACUUUAUAUUUUACAACGAAGUUACGAAAGGCAGUAUACGACAUGCCGGUUUCACAAGAUGAUUCAGAGAAUAAUGUUGCCUUGGCUAUGCAGCGGGUUUUCUAUGAUUUGCAGCACUCCGACCGUCCGGUUGGAACAAAGAAGCUGACCAAGUCGUUUGGCUGGGACUCGUUAGAGACAUUUAUGCAGCAUGACGUUCAAGAAUUGUGUAGGGUAUUGCUGGAUAACCUGGAGAGUAAAAUGAAGAAAUCUCCUGUGGAAGACACCAUCCCAAAUUUGUUCCGUGGUGUCAUGAAGUCGUACAUUCGCUGUACUAAUGUCAGUUUCGAGAGCAGCAAGGAAGAACCAUUUUAUGACAUCCAGCUCAACAUCAAAGGCAAAAACAACAUCAUGCAAUCCUUCCGCGAAUAUGUUCAAGUCGAACGGCUGGAUGGUGAAAACAAGUAUGACGCUGGCGAUUAUGGAAUGCAGCCUGCUGAAAAAGGAGUGAAAUUUGUCUCAUUUCCGCCUGUUCUGCACUUGCAACUGAUGCGCUUCCAAUACGAUGCUACCCUUGACGCCAAUGUGAAGAUAAAUGACAAAUUUGCCUUCCCGGAUAAACUAUGCUUGAAAGAGUUCAUGGAAGGAAAUGGAGAGGAUUACACCUAUUGCCUUCAUGCUGUUCUCGUCCACUCUGGUGAUUUCCAUGGUGGUCACUACGUUGUGUUCAUCAACACCGGACUCCGCCCACCUGGAGAGAAAUACAAGCCUAAGUGGUGCAAAUUCGAUGAUGACGUAGUGUCCCGAGCAACAGUGAGGGAAGCUGUAAUGGCUAACUACGGAGGAGACGAUGGCGAAUCAACGGGACGAACCUACACGAAUGCAUACAUGCUUGUCUAUGUCAGACAGAGUUGCAUAGAUGAUGUGCUGUGCCAAAAUGAGAAUCUUCAAGUACCUGCCCACCUAGUGCAACGAUUCGAAAAUGAGCGUGAGGAGGAAAAUAAGAAGAAGAAGGAGAAACAAGAAGCCCAUCUGUACACCGAGAUCGUCAUGGUCACCGAUGAGCACCUCGCCAGCUAUAAUGGAUUCGAUCUAGUUGAUCCGAAACUAUUGGACGAUACCGGUUUGCCGCGCGAGAAAAUUGAGAAGAAUAUGACGAUUCCUCAGCUCUACGACUAUGUGAAAAGCAAGCUUUUUACCGGUGAAUCCGAGCAUGAGAUCCCUGCUCGUGAAAUGUUCAGGAUUUGGAAGUUCGAGGAGACGACCUAUAAGGAUGAGGGUAGCAUUAUGUCGGCGUUACCUCGUUUGCGCCCAACAUCACUGAUUCCGCAUUCUGAAGAAACGCAAGAGAAAACGCUAGAGGCAGUUUUGGAGAAUGAUCGCAAUUUACUGUACAUAGAAACCACAGCAUCACACUCGUUGAGGAGUUACAAUGAGAACUCGGAGAUGUUGAUGUUCCUGAAGUACUACGAUGAGGAGUCACGCUCUCUGCGAUACGUCGGGCACUUCAUAGUCGCAUAUCGCCAGUGCAUGUCUGCUUAUACUAGCGAAUGCUUGAAGCUUAUUGGUUUACCGGAAGGCACACCGCUUCGCUUUUAUGAGGAAGUUGCUCCUGAUCGCAUCCGCUUGAUUGAAAGCCUGGGCAAACCGCUUUGUGCUGAUAAUACCGUGGUUGAAGUGAGCGACGGAGGAUUGUUGAUUGCUGAACGUCAGGAUCGCACCAGUGACACCAAUAAUGCCAAGCUACACUUGGACACCCUGUACAAUACUAUCGACAUUGAAGCAAUCGCCAACAAUGACUCGUUUGUCUCCAGUCAUGCUGAGGUUGACCCACCAAUUACAGGAACUAUUGGACUGAAUUGGACCAUGCGGCAGUUAGUGGACUAUAUUGGUAAAGAAAUCAAUUACGAUCCGGCAAAAAUUCUUUUGUGGCGUGUAUCACCGUUUAACGAUCGUGCCACUCAAUUCCUCACCGAUGCCCAGUGCAAGGUAUUGCGUGUGAACGGCCUAUUGGGGUUGGCUGGGGCACAGCUUCACGAUCCUAGACGCAACAAACGAUACCGUGUCGUGUACACAAAGAUGCCGAUCCCGAUAGCCGAUAUGGAAAGGAAGCGGCAAAUGAAAAUCCAAAUGAUGGAUGAAAAAAUGGCAAUCACGGAAAUAACCAUCUUCCCAGAGAAAACUGGCACUGUGCGGGACAUUCUUGAAGAAGCGCGGCGCGAGUUUAAAUUCGCUCCAAAUGGCACAGGAAAGCUCAGACUGGUCUACGUCGGUCAAAGUAGCCAGAGUAUGAGGGCGUACAUGAUUUUCAAGGAGGAAACAUCGGUUAUGGAAGUGUUCCAGAAAACCAUGACCCCAUCGAUGUAUAUGGGUCGUGUUGAAGAAGUCCCACAAGAUCAACUGGUCGUUAGAAGUAAUGAAUACCUCGUCCCCAUAGCACAUUUUGACAAGGAUCCUGGUCGAAUGUUCGGUGUCCCGUUCUUCCUGAAGGUGUCAAAUGAUGAGUUGUUGUCAAGCGUCCGGGAGCGCAUUCAGCAACGUCUUGACAUUCCUGACAAGGAGUACGAGAAGUACAAGUUUGCACUGAUAUCAUCUUCUCGAGUGGUACGGUAUCUCGACAUGACGUCAAACGGAAGGGUGAACCUCGCAGAGCUGGGUCACGCCCACGUUGCCUCGUUAGUAACGUCUCCUUAUCUUGGGCUCGACCACAUGAAUAAGUCCCGUGGAGCCCGUGGAUCACAUGCAGCUGAAAAGGCGAUUGUCAUUCAUAACUGA